UCUUGUUAUUUGGCCGCGCGCUCAAGGUUGAGAGGGGAGAGCUAGCGAGGGAGGGGGAGCCGGCGGCGGCGACGAUGGUGGAGAAGGCGAGCAAAGGGAGGAAGGAGGAGGUGGUGAUGAGGGAGUAUACCAUCAACCUCCACAAGCGGCUUCACGGAUGCACUUUCAAAAAGAAGGCUCCCAAGGCUAUCAAGGAGAUCAAGAAGUUUGCCCAGAAGGCCAUGGGGACUACAGACGUGAGGGUUGAUGUCAAGCUCAACAAGCACAUCUGGAGCAGGGGGAUCCGCAGCGUGCCAAGGCGGGUUCGUGUGAGGAUUGCUCGGAAGAGGAACGACGAAGAGGAUGCCAAGGAAGAGCUCUACUCUUUGGUUACAGUAGCUGAGGUUCCCCCAGAGGGAUUCAAAGGGUUGGGCACCAAGGUCGUUGAUGAAGCUGACUGAACUCUCCACCAGCUCUGGCUGAGUGGAGACCUAGUUUUGCUUGACGGUUCCAGUGUUUUGACAUUUGAAUUUAUCAGGGUAAUGCCCGUGUGAACUCUUUCGAUUAGUUGCUCAAGAAUCCAUCUGUGCACACAUUUAUGUUCCAGCACCUGAUUUCUUAGGUUCUUGUGUGAUCUCUUUUUCUAUUUAAGAACAUAAAAGAGGAUCAAGUAUUUCGUGAA